GUAUAACUAUACUCGAAUUUUACAUCAAUUGUUAUAAAAAAGCUCAUACUCGGGUACUAGAGAAGCGACAUCAUAUCGAAGUGUUGUUUCCAUCUCGGAGAGGUCAAAAGCCUCUCUUCUUCUGUACCCUUUUUUCUCCGGCCUCCGCCUUUUAACCACCGUCAUCCAACCAUGGCGGCUUCCGUCCAAAACCCCCGCUUCAGCCGCUUCGAUCCUGUCCUACAAAAUGUUUGCAACUCCCCGAUCCGAGGUUGCAAUUUCCCCACCAAUCCUGACCUCCCGCCACCUAACGGCGGCGCCGACGUAGUUUCCGGUGAUUAUUAUUCCUCCGACAGCGACGGCGAUUGCUGUAACGAAAAACCUCCCAACGCCGACUAUUCCGCGGAAUUAGAGCCGUCGGUUCAUGACAUCAGAGACGCCGAUACUUCCGACCGUUGGAUCCCGCGUAACCCGUCCCUGAUCCGGUUGACCGGGAAGCACCCGUUCAACUCCGAACCGCCCCUGGACCGGCUAAUGCGCCACGGCUUCAUCACCCCGGUUCCCCUCCACUACGUCCGGAAUCACGGCGCGGUCCCCACCGGCACGUGGGAAGAUUGGGCCGUCGAGGUAACGGGCCUCGUGAAACGGCCCAUGAAGUUCACUAUGGCCCAACUCGUCAACGAAUUCCCAUACCGCGAGUUUCCCGCCACCCUGGUUUGCGCCGGGAACCGCCGGAAAGAACAGAACAUGGUCAGGAAGACGAACGGCUUCAACUGGGGCGCCGCCGCCGUCUCCACCUCCGUCUGGCGGGGGGUUCCGCUGGUUUCCGUCCUCAAGCGCUGCGGCUUGCUCAGCCGGAGGAACGGCGGCCUGAAUGUGUGCUUCGAAGGGGCAGAGGAUCUGCCCGGCGGCGGCGGAGGGUCGAAGUACGGGACGAGCAUUAGGAGGGAAAUAGCGAUGGACCCUUCUAGAGACAUCGUACUGGCGUACAUGCAAAACGGAGAGAGGUUGACGCCGGACCAUGGGUUUCCGGUGAGGAUGAUAAUUCCGGGGUUCAUCGGCGGCAGGAUGGUGAAGUGGCUGAAGAGGAUAAUAGUGACGACUAACGAAUCGGAGAGUUAUUAUCAUUACAGGGACAAUAAGGUCCUUCCGUCUCACGUCGAUGCUGAGCUGGCUAACGCUGAAGCAUGGUGGUACAAGGAAGAAUACAUAAUCAACGAGCUGAACAUCAAUUCUGUCAUUACGACGCCUUCUCAUGAAGAGAUCUUGCCCAUCAACGCUUGGACUACCCAACACGGGGUACAUCCUUACACGCUCAGAGGCUACGCUUAUUCGGGUACAUAUAUGCAUGCCUAGUUAUAUUAGGCGGAGGAAAGAAAGUGACACGGGUGGAGGUGACGAUGGAUGGCGGAGAGACGUGGCGGGUGUGCGAGUUGGAACGUUUGGAGAAGGGGAAUAAGUAUGGGAAGUACUGGUGCUGGUGUUUUUGGUCUCUCCAAGUCGACCUCCUCCACUUGUUGGCCGCCAAGGAUUUUGCUGUUCGAGCUUGGGAUGAGACUCACAAUACCCAACCUCAAAAUCUCAUUUGGAAUCUCAUGGGAAUGAUGAACAACUGUUGGUUUCGAGUGAAGACCAGGACUUGCAAUUCAGGCAAAGGAGAGCUUGGGAUUGUGUUUGAGCACCCAACCCAGCCCGGGAACCCGUCCGGAGGAUGGAUGGAUAAGGAAAGACGGCAUCUUCACAUUUCUUCCCCGGCCAUCAAGAAGAGUGUCUCCUCCCCCUUCAUGAACACCGCGGCGCCGGCCGUGAAGGCUGCGACUUUCCCCAUGUCCGAGGUGAAGAAGCACAACACCCCCGACUCCGCCUGGAUCAUCAUCGGCAGCCACGUCUACGACUGCACCUGCUUCCUUCGCGACCACCCCGGUGGCGCCGACACCAUCCUCAUCAACUCCGGCGCCGACUGCACUGACGAUUUCCAUGCCAUCCACUCUGAUAAUGCCAAGAAGCUCUUAGAAGACUAUAGGAUUGGGGAGGUCGUCAUCACUCCCGACGACGACCUCUGCGACUCUACUUCGGAUUCCUCCCCUUCUUCCUCCACACCCAACGACUCCUCUGUCGAUUUAGCUCUGAUCAAGGAAAACUCUGUCGGGGUGGCCAGAAGCAUACAGGAGAAGAUCCCAUGCAAACUCAUUCACAAGGAAUCCAUUUCCCAUGACGUGAGGUUAUUCAGGUUCUCACUCCCAUGGGAUGACCAAGCUCUCGGGUUACCAGUGGGCAAGCACAUCUUCUUGUGUGCUACCGUAGACGGUAAGCUCUGCAUGCGGGCGUAUACACCUACAAGCAAAGCCAACCAAGUCGGAUACUUCGACUUGCUCGUGAAAAUUUACUUUAAAGGGGUACAUCCGAGGUUCCCAAAUGGCGGCGAGAUGUCCCAACAUCUCGAGUCGCUCAAACUCGGAUCGUCUCUCCACGUGAAAGGCCCAGUAGGACACAUUGAGUACAAGGGGAAGGGUGGAUUUCUUGUACAUGGGAAACCCAAGUUCGCAAAGAAACUCUCAUUGAUCGCUGGCGGUACGGGAAUAACUCCGAUCUACCAAGUCAUGCAGGCGGUCUUGAACAACCGGGAAGACGAAACGCAGAUGCACGUGGUGUAUGCUAAUCGGACGGAGGAUGAUAUUUUGUUGAAAGAUGAGCUUGAUGCAUGGGCGGAGAAAUAUCCUGAAAGGGUUAAAGUGUGGUAUGUUGUUAAAGAGUCUAUAAAGGAAGGCUGGAAGUACAGCACCGGAUACAUCAAUGAGAGUGUUCUAAGGGAGCAUAUUCCGGCAGCAUCUCCUACUACACUAGCGUUAGUAUGUGGGCCACCACAGAUGAUUCAAUUUGCUGUUAAUCCCAACUUGGAGAAGAUGGGGUAUGACAUCAAAGAUUCCUUGCUGGUGUUCUAGCUAACUAAACCAGUCGUUCCAUGCUCUCCAGGAUAAGAUAAUUUAGUUUAGACUUUUCUGUUUUUGUUGUUUGUUCAGAUGUAUACAUAUGUUGAUAUGUAUGCUAUGGUGCUCUUGUUUGUGCUGACAAAAUUAACAUUGGAAUAUAGUUAGUAUAUAAAACGCAUUUGGUGAAUGCUACCUAGUAAGUGAUUACUUUAACUACAAAGCAUUUAGUUGAUUCAUGUCAUUAUUUCAUCAUUUAUUUAUGAUCCAAUUACCUAAUUGCAAUAUUC